AUGGCACCACCAGCGACAUCGUCGUGCAGCUCAUCGAUGAGAACGACCACGCGCCGGACAUCACAGGUCCAUCAGAAGUACAAAUCUCCGAGGAUGCCGAGCGUGGCAGCAUCGUCGCACGGUUCAACGUCACAGAUCGUGAUGUCGGUGAUCAUGCAAGGUAAGGGAGUUCCACGGGUCUGGUUCUAUUUGGCUAUACUUGUCGUCGCGAUUAUUCCUGAUACGCGAGCUAUAAACGACUUAUCACUGCCAUUUGGUCUGGACACAUCGCUGGCAAAAUCGCGAUUUUCCACCUAUGUGUCGCCCCAGGAGCGCGCAAUUCAAGUAUUUGUGAUGAAGAAUAUCAGUGAAGAUACGGCCAUCGGCACUGUAUUAGAUACUUUCAAAGCUCAUGACCCUACGUUGCCGACUUUCAAUUACACGUAA